AAAAAGUUUAAUGAAACUUAUCCAAAUGGUAUGAAAAGAACUACUUUCAUAGUACGGCUGAGUAAUUCUACAAACCUUAAAUACUGUGAGGACCUUGAUGAAACGGAUUUGGAUCAAAAUAAUGAAAGAGAAAAUACGAUAAAUAAUAAUUUUAUAGUUUUAAUCACAAUUCCAAGUAUAAUAGAUGUAGGAUUUCUGUUAACUAAAGGGUGGGUGUUAAAAAGUAGCCAAAAAUUAGAUAACAGAGAUGGUACUAGAAUAAAACAAGAUGUAAGAGCUAUGUUAGAAU